GUUUCAACUUGUAGGUACAGUGCUAAUGCCAGUACUUCCUGCUGGAAAUCAGAACACUCUCUACACUUACGGAGGGAACAUCGAUACGGAUAAUCUUCCUGAAUACGAUGGAAUAAAGUAAUUAUGAAAUUGUUAUUGAAAUUGUUCUAGUGGAACGGACAUGCAUGGACGUGCAAAGCCCCUUAUAUAUUAGCACAACGAGUUCCGCAUGUUGAUGAUAUUUGAUCCAAUUAACCUAACCGACGAAGGUUGGUUUUUAUCAGUAGAAUUUGUACCCAUUGAAUUUCCUGCAUUCUGCUCGGUCGUAAUUGAGCAUCACUGACAUCUCACCAGUCACAAGAACCUUUUAUACAAAUCUGAGAAAAAUCUGAACUACUUAAACCUUUUUUCACUUGUUUUUCUCUUGUAAAUUUCUAUUAAAUGCAAUUAGUACUCUCAGCGUCCAAUUAAAAGCCUAUAUAUUCAUUUCACCGCUACACGGCUCAUUGAGUAUAAGUGUUUGAUCGCUUUGGCAAUUAAUUGUUGAAUGGUCCAGUGUUACAACGAAGUGUCCUUGGAAAAACCUGCGGUGUGUGUGGUGUUUGGACAGUUAAAGUGGAAGCAUUCGUGUACUGGUCAUAUACUGGGGUGCCGGAAGUAACGUGAAGUAGCGGGUGCACCUAUUUAAGAAGGGCACUUACUUCUCAGCCUUGUAGGCGGCAAUGUUUGUUGAAAUUUUUAUUCGUUGCAAGACUAAAAUGUAUUGUGAAACAACAUGACAGUUUGUUAAUUAUUUCAAAUUUGAGCUAAAGUGCUUGAAAACAGUUCUCAAUUUCAAUUCAUGUGAAUAACGCACAACUUUUGAAGGACAGUUUUGCUCCGGCGCCUCUGGUCAUACAGUGUUUGUAUGACUUAUGUGACUGGGGAAAAUUUUUAAUCAGAAAACAGCAAAUUGCAGGAAUUGAACCCUACAUUUUAAUUGUUUUAGUGGAUACUAUGGUAUUUACAUGAACAACACAAAAUUGGAUGAAAACUUUGGCACUAAUGGAGAAUUGUCAAUUGGAGGUUAGUAAAGUACGUCCGCUCGUCCGUCCUGUCAGGCCAUCCUCCCUGGCAGGCCGUUCAUCCUCCCUGGAAGGCCGUCCUCCCUGGAAGGACUUCCUUCCUGGCAGGCCGUCCUCCUUGGCGGCCGUCCUCCUUGGCAGGCCGUCCUCCUCUUUGGCAGGACGUCCUCCUCUCCUCUUUGACAGGACGUCCUCCUCUUUGGCAGACCGUUCUUCCUCCCUUAGUAUGAAAGCGAGGUAGGGACUUCGGAUUUCAGACUUCAAACCAGUUUAGUUUAGACUUUUGAAGUCCGAAGUUUGAAGUAACUACCCGGCUUUCGUAAUUUACCCCUUAGUAUUUAACAAGACUGGAGAUGCCAACGGAUGCUUGUUGCAAUUCACUGAUGCUGAGCUCGAGUCAAUGUGGCACAAAUUUACGUCUACUGGGCUGCCUGGACAAGGAGCACUGGGAAUGUCUGAUGUGAGUUUCUGUGCAUUUUGUGAGCAUUUUUUGUGCACAAUCUACCAGAAAAGGUUGAAAUACUUCGAUGUUUCUAGCUAUGGACUUUGUAAACUCUAGUCGGAUCAGUUAAAGUAUAUUUACGCAAGAUAGCGUUAAUUCUUUAAUUGGACUAUUCCAUGCGGAAAGAACGUGGCAGUGCUAUACAGUGCUGAUUUAUGGGGUAUCGUAUACUUCAAUAGCUCGAAAGAGCAUCCUAAAAUUAGUAAAAUUGCAAAGUUUGGUUGCGAAAUGUUGUAAAAUACGGAAAAUAUAACUUUGUGAAAUUAGCAAAUUUUGAGUAUUUUAAGUACGGUAUUACGCGCUGUAAAAGUAACACUUUCGGCUCAAAAAUGGUUAUUUUUACCGCGCGUAAUACUAAAAUACUCAAAAUUUGCUAAUUUCACAGGGCUAUAUUUUAUUAUACAACAUUUCGCAACCAAACUUUGCAAUUUUACUAAUUUUAAGAUGCUCUUUUGAGCUAUAAUUUAUGAUAUAUUUCGUCUUUUUUGUUUAGAUAAAAAAUUAGUCUAUAAGCUGGAAUUCGCGAUUGCCCUUAUUACGUUUUCGUAGCGCUUUGCAUGACAUUUUGAAACGCAGUAUUUUACCUUGAUAAAAUAUUUUUACAAACAAAUACAGAGGGUUAAUUACCAGUUAUGAAGUUAAUACAUAUACAAGGGCAAUUUUUAAGUUUUUUAGAUACGUAUUCGUCAAGAAAACUAUACUUUUCUGAAAACUCAUUAUGUGAUGUGAUGUCACACCGGUGAUAUUUGCAUAUGAAACAAAGUUGAAUAUCUUGAAAAGGGAGAAAAAUUCUAUAAAAGAAAUUAUUAAGUCAUUUUAAGUGAUCUUUACAAUGCAACCAUAAAUCUUUGGGGUUAAAUUUCGUGCCAUAGGCACUUUAAUGAUAGCGGUAGUGGAAGUCAAGUCUGAACUUCCUUACUAAUUACUAAUCUGCCGAAGGACCCUCGCUCAAGAGGUUGUUCAGACCAAAACCACGAACUGGAGUAUUGAACAGCCUCGUGCCCAGGCGCAAAUAACGUACUAAAAAUAGCAACACUACAGUGUUUUUAUGUAGAUCAGUGGCUAAGAUGAGCGAGCGCGCGGGGGUGCUUGGGGAGGACUCGGGAAACGAAGCGCCUGGCAGAAUUUGUAACAAACAUGGCGGACAUGAGAAUGCAAAGAAGGAAACCCGUCGUGUCCUGACCUAGCACCCCCGCGCGCUCGCUCAUCUUAGCCACUGAUCUACAUAAAAACACUGUAGUGUUGCUAUUUUUAGUACGUUAUUUGCGCCUGGGUACGAGGCUGAGUAUUGAACCUUUCUUUUGUUUAUGGUAUGCAUGGUUGAACACAACGAAGAAAAUUGUUUUUUAGUUAAGUGAAAGCAGACAAUCCAAAAGACAUUUCUUUUGGAUUGUCUAUGGUGAAAGUCAAUUGAACUUGUCUCCUCCGCAGGCAUCACCUUUAGAUUAGCGGGCGAAACAAGAAAAUGUGGAUAUUGUGAUAAUGUGUGUAUUUUUACGAAAUCCCCAUCAAUAUGUAUUUCCUGUUCAUUUGCCUUUUCCUAAUAGGAAUCAAAGACAUGGAUUGGAGCAAUUAGCUGUUGCAGAGAAAUCCCGGCCAAAGGAGAAGAGGUACAAUAUUUAUUGGGAGUGGAUAGUGGGUUUUGAAGUAGUAUGAAUAUUGAUGGUAUGAAUAUUAUAUUACAGUGAAAAUACAAAAAGUGUCCCACUUUCGCUUCUGUAGGUUGUUGUGAUUUACUGUAAUUUGUUCUGUUUUUCUGUAGCGAUUACCGAUUUAUCAGCAAAUCCCGCGAUAAAACUUAGUUACUUAGCUUAGGAUCUUGAAAGGAUUUAGUCUAGCUGCAACUUAACUGCUUUUCUUUUUAGACUUUCACUUUUGUUUUAUCGUGGCAUUUUCCGAACAGGUAAUUUAAACGUUAUUUUUCACUCGUUCAUUGCAUUGAGGACUAUGUUUUUUUAAAAAUUAUAGGUUUUUUUAAAAUUCGUGACGCGAUUUUUCGAUUUUCACUGACCGAUAUAACUUUGAUCCUAGUUUAAAUUUUCCAAAUAUUUAGAAGCGCUAUAACAUUUUGAGUUAUUUGGUCUACAUAUCUUUCAUAUGAAAAUUCGUAAUGUGAAAAUUCGUAAUAAUUUUUUUUUGCCAUGAUAGAAUUUUUUGGAAUCAUGAAAACAAUUGAAAAUACUAAAAGAAAUCAUUUUACGAAAUAAAAAAUGGGGGCCACCGAAGUUUUUUUCGAGUUAAAUUACUUUAAACAUAAAAUAUCCGCCAUGUUGUGACGUCAUUGUUACCAUAGCAACGGCAGUUAGGAGUAGCUUUUUUUAAAUACGAACUCCUUAGUUAUUGUGUUAUACCAGUCAGAUACUCUUUGUUUUUAAACAAAUAAUAACUCUCCAGAAAUUCAUAUCCAAAUCAGAAAAUCUCCAAUUUUUAAACAACUAUAGUUCUGAAAUCAGUUUUGUUUUUGUCGUGUACUAUAGUCAGUUUUGUUUUUGUCGUGUAACAUAUACAAAACUUUUCCAUAUAACAUUCUUUCUCCUUUAUGAGAAAACCUACAGAAAAUUGGUUUUCUCAUAAAGGAGAAAGAAUGUUACAGGCCUUAAAAUAUCUUUUCCAGGGUCGUCUGACAAAAUGUCCGGUGACGUUGAGUUUGGGUCGGACAUAUGUCCGAUGACCUUCAGUUCAGUUUUGACUCGGAAAUAAGUCUGAAUGACACAAAUGAAUAAACGGUAAAUGUUGUAAAGAUAUUAAAUAAUUUGUUUCUUUCAUACUUAUUUCUAAGCCAAAAUUAACUUGCUUGCCAGAACAGCAGUAUUAAAAAAGACUUCGACAACUUAAGCCCGUUUUCCACUUCACCAUUUGGCUCGCCGCCCCGCGCUCAACUACGUUAAAACAACAUUUCCAGUUCACCUUUUAUACAAUAGUACUCUGAUUUUCCAUUUAACAUACAAGCCUCUAGUCCUGGUCAAGGGUACAUUUUGAUUUACGUCGGACAAAGCUACAGUUCGGUCGGACACCAAUACACUCGGGUCGGACAAACAAUAAACCUCAGUUUCACUUUGGUCGGACAGAAUGUCCGGUGGUUUCCUCUCUACGUCGGACAAUUUCACGAAUGGAUCGGACAAUGUCCGUGACCGACCGAUAUUUUAAGGCCUGAUGUUAUAUGGAAAGUUUUGUAUAUGUUACAUUUGAAAAGAGCCAUAUUAAUUAAAACGUAUAUCGUUUAAUGUGGACUUUAUGUAAAUUCACAGAUGGCAGGUUUCAUACUGGACUCAGAUUCCUAAUUUCCUAUACUCGAGCUAGUGUAUUGUAUGUUUCUUUUAGAUAUUGCAAGUGGGAUAGGGUGAAUGAUCCCAGAAGUGUCUACUACUUGGGGAAUUAUUACAACAAACUGUUCAAGAAUGUGCAAGCGGUAUACACUACUUUUUAACAUUUAGUUGACAGAGACCUUUCAAUUGAAAUUUAUAUACUGUACUGUAUAGUUUUUAUACAGUACUUAGAUCAUUGUAUAUAUAUUAUAUUGUGUAUGUUUUCUUACUUCAUAAAUGUUAUAUGUAAAGAUUUGGAGUGCCUCUUAUUUUAUAAUUUGUUUUUCAAUGUAGGUCGUGUCACACACUGGACAAUUUCUAGGAAAACUCACCAAGGUGUCUCGACAGUUUCGUGACGCAAUGUAUGAUUCUACAUUGCCGUGGCAUCUGAUUGACAGUGCAGCGGCACGAGUUUCUGUACUGAAGUAAGUUGAGGAUGUCAGUAGUGUAGCCUGUCCUAAGUAGAAGGACUUAUAGCCAAAAUUGGGGUGUGGCAAAUUUGGCACGUUUACAACUUAACAUUUACUCGGCGGUGAAUCUCUUUGGAUAGUUUAAAGACAUACUCUUCAUGGCAGAUUCUUUAAUUAAUUUUGAGUGUAUUACGAGUGUAAGUCCUGAACAGACAAGCAAGAUUUCCUUGGCAAGUUUUAUUUCUUCGUGCAGCAUGCAUGUGUGCAUGUGUACGACAAAAAAUGAUCAUUUUUCCUUACCAAGAAGCCUCAUGCCAGCUUUUCUACAAGGAAAAUUUGUUCGUGCGUACGGCCGCCAUCAUAAGGAAAACUCGACACAAGAAGUUCUUCAAUCUAUGGUUUUGGCAAACAAAAGGUGGCCUUGACGUGAGAUAAAUAUUUCCGUGCACACGAGCUGACGAGCAACAACAAUUGUAAGGGAAAAUUUGUUGAGCGCGUACACACGAGAAGGUAAAAUGGUAAAUUUCUCAAGGAAAACUUGCUUGUCUGAACAGGGAUCAUGAAUAACGUUUCCUACAGUGGCAUGUUUUCAUUUUUUCUCUGUCAUUUUAUCAGGUCUCCGUCAUUCUUUUGGUGUGAGGAUACUAAUUUGUUUUGUUUUGAAGGUCUGUUAUUAUUAUAAUAGCGUAUUUUAAAUAUAUUAAAAUAUAUUUCCUGCAUACGUCGUGCAAAAUACACCACUUCGACGGAUCGUUGAAGUGGUGUGUUAUAAACACCGCAAUGAGCCGCGUGUUGGUAUAUAUACCGUAUUGAAAUUACAUAUAGAAUCACAUGCAAUUAGCCUCUCUCACAAUGACGAAAUAUAAAAAGCCGCUGUUAUGUGGACUUAUCUCGCAGACGUCGGCUGAAAAGCGACCCAAAAAUGGCGGCGUGAGAAAUGCUAAUCGACUCCAACAUUCCUUGUUCCCAUCAGUGAAAUCAUGUUUCAUGCCAGAGUUAUACAUAUACCAAUUUAAUUACGGUUUUGAAUACUUUGGGGGUUCGAAAGGUUAUAUGGUACCAGUAAGUACGCGUACCCACGUGGUACUUGGCUGAAAACAAAGAGGUACCAGGUCGUAAUAUUGGCGUACCUUUGGUAUACGUAACGUAUUAUCACCAUAUCUAUGAUUAUCACACCCAAGCUUAAUUUAUGUUUUAUUUUUGUGUUUUCUAGGUUGUUCCAAAACCUCUGGUAAGGAAAAUGUUUAUGUCUUCAACUCAAUAGAUCGUUGUGUUUGUUAAAUGACUGUUGUGGAAUGAAUUUUGAUUUUAACUCGAUUUCAGCCGCCAAAACAUGUAGAUAAUGAUAAUGAAAAUUUAAUGUCGACCACACAGAGUGUGGUUGCGCAAUUCACCCGAGGCUAUGACACACGUACUACCUAUGAUUAUGAUUAUUCUGCUCACUCCCAAGCAUCGGGGCUUUUCAGUAACCAAUUACAUCAAGUAUUACGCUUACUUAUAUUACCUACUAAGCUUAGACUAUUUAUUUUUACAACAAUUGUGAUAUUAUGUUUAUCCCAACCCACGCUGCCAACUUUCCCUGUGGGAGGAAACUAGAGCACUCGGAGAAAACCCACGACCUUCGGCAGAGCAUUGACAGACUCUUUUCACAUGAGUCCACACAUGAGUCCGUACAUGAGUCCACACAUGAGUCCAUAGCGAGACUCGAACCUUCGGCAGAGCAUUGACAGACUCUUUUCACAUGAGUCCACACAUGAGUCCAUAGCGAGACUCGAACCCACGAUCUCAGAGGCGAAAGGCGCUUGCUCUCACGACUGCGCCUUGUUUGCUGAACUGGAUGAGGGGAAAGCAGCACUCUAUACCCGCAUCUGUUACCCGUGCACCCAAACAUGACAUACACGAAAAUGAGAAAGAACGAAAGAUCUUUACUAAAACUGUCUGUACCAGUGUAGGUAGUGCCGGUGUUUUGAAAAUGCUGUGCUGAGUGGUUAUAUGUAAACCUUAAAAAACAAGCAGAAACUCGACGUUUCGAGCGAAGGCCCUUCGGAAGGAAUGGAAAGAUCUUUCGAGCGAAGGCCCGAUCUUUCCAUUCCACACAGCGAGAGACUUGCCGAAAUUCUGUCUGCAAACGCUAUAUAGUAAAAUAUUGUCAAUCCCCCGACUAUUCAGGCUAUAGUUGAAAUAUUUGGCUUGUUUAUAUUUGAAAUGUGAGUUUAAAAAAUAAAAUUGAACGAAAUGGCCAAAUCUUCAUCACUUUUAUCAUAAAGUUUUACUAUGAAUAAGCACCAUUUGGAUCUGGACAAAACGUCUAAGUGUACCUUGUUAGUCAAUUACUCUCCCCCUGACGAGUAAAAUCGUCUGGCGUUAUAGACAGAGUAAAAUAAAAAAGUAGGGCGCAUCUGAGCGCAUUGCAUCUUAAAGGGUUAAACUUAAACUUUUCAUUUUGAUGCUCAACCUAUUUUGCUCACCAGUACGUUUCGGUAUGAUACGGUUGAGGUCGAAAACAAGCUUUAUCCUUAUAUUCAUCAUUCUGUUUGCUCGUUCUGCUCUAUGCUAUAACUAGUAUUCAUUGUUUUAUAGUGGUCUAUAUUUUAUAAUUGUUAAGGGAGGUGCCUUACAUGGGACUUAUCGUAUCGUUUUGCAUCUUUUCUUUGGGGCCAUUGAAUAGUUUAUGUUAGUGUUAUACUAUAUGGUCCGAUAAAGUUGUUCAAAUGAAAUUUAAUUGUUUACUUAAUAUAACCAAUGUAAUUAUGUUUAGGUUGUUGUCCAAUGAACUGCACUCAUGUCUUGAAUUAUGAAAUGGCUGUUGCAAAGUAAGUUUUGGUCAUUUUAGUAGCAUGCACUCUAGGGAUGUGCCGGAUACCAGCACAUUGCUGGUCAGUGGAAAAUGAUGGUCGGAUUCCGGAUGAUAACCAAAUACUCAUGGUGGUACUUGGACAGUACUUCGCUAAUUUUUUCUCAUAAAAUAGUCCAUUGUUUAUUUAGUAUAAAUUUCUGUGGAACAAGGGGGCAGGCAUUAGAAAGAUUCAAAGCUGACUUGCACUUCGCUACCUCUCACGGACUUAAUACGCAUUUGAUUGGUUAGUCGGAUAGAUUAAACGCAUCUGAUUGGUUAACGAUAGCGGUAGUGGAAGUUAAAAUCUGAACCUCUCUGACAUACAUGAGUAGUAGAGAACAGUUUAUAUCACGAGAAACGUUUCUGUAAUUUCGUUUUCAUGCAUCACCCGUCCAGUAGUGUCAGUAGUUUUCGGUUUUAUGGUUGUAAUGAAAGGUUUUAUACCUGAUAGUGCCGGAUGUAAGUUCUUUCAAGUUAAUUUGUUUUGUUAUUUGUUAUUUGAUGCAUUUCAAACGGCUUACCGUAAACCUCCGACUAUAAGCCCUGGGCUUAUAUACUUUCGUAAGCGAUGUUUGAUGGGCUUAUACAAGGGGAGGGGGGGCUUCUAUACGGGGGGGGGCUUAUACAUGGACGAUCUUUUGUGUUAGUAAUAAACAAGUCAGACAUAAACAAGUCAGUCAUAAACAGGAAAAUAAACCUGUAUUAAGCAACGAUUACUAGGCUUAUAUUAAUUCGGGGGCUUAUAUUCGAGUGGGCUUAUAUUCGGGGGCUUAUAUUUGGAAUGAGGUGGUGAACGUUAGUAUGUGGUGGGCUUUACACUGGGGGGGCUUAUAUUCGGGCUCAUAGUCGGAGGUUUACUGUGUGGUUUAGCGGGAGGGGAUAUGCAAAGGUUAAAAAAAAAUAGAACUAAUUGACCAUUUGCGUAAUAGACUAAAUUUUGAUCUCAACAAAAAUUUCAUUACAGCUUGAAAGAGCAUCACAAAAUUAGUAAUGUUCCAAAGUUUCGUUGCAAAAUGUUGUAAAAUGCGGAAAAUAUAGCCUUGCGAAAUUUGCAAUGUUCAGUCAUUUUAGAUUACAAACCGGAAAUUGACAGCCUCGAAGGGUUUGGGGCUGUCAAUUUCCCGUUUGUAAUCUAAAAUGACUGAAAAACGGCAAACUUCGCAAGGCUAUAUUAUCCGCAUUUUACAACAUUUUGCAACGAAACUUUGGAAUAUUACUAAUUUUGCGAUGCUCCUUCAAGCUGUGAUGACAUUUUUGUCUAGACUUGUUUAGUUCAAAAUUUAGUCUAUUACGCAAAUGGCCAAUUAGAAACACAAUUUAUGAGCAUGAAUUCAAUACUCGAAAUGGCAACUACUGUACAGUCGUCCAAUCAAAAAUUCAACAUCACUGACGUCUCGACCCACAAUACAACAUGCAUUACCAUUCAAGAUGGAGCUGAUUACUGUGAGCUGAUGAAAAAGUUCUAUAGUUAUAUACGCAAACAUCUUAUAUAAUUAAUUGUUUAUAUGUUUCAGGUGUUUCCCAGAUCUUGAACAAAAACUGAGAAACAUUGAUCUUCUCCACAAUAUUGCACCAAACGCUAUCAUACCAAGGUUAGCAAUUUCUGAUUAAUUAAAAAAUUAUUCGCAAAAUCCUUCCGCCAAAACUUGUGGAAAGAAAACGCAUAGAAGGAUGAAUUUUAGGAACAGGAAUUCGAUCUAGGACUAAGGUUUAGGUUAGGACUGAGAUAAGGGAAAGUACAUUUUUACGCCGAGGGAGGGGAUGAAGAUGUCUUGAAAAAAGCUUUUACAGGUUGAGGUUAUGGUAAAUUUUCGUCGCCCCCUCCAAGUUUCUAAAAUUUUCAAUGCCCCCUCCAAAAAAAAAUUGGAAUCGAAGGAGUACAAUCCGGAGUUCUCUCUUAUCAUAGAUACAAUUUGCAGUUCCUCAACGGAUGUCUGAUAUACUCAAGCACGUGCUUCUCCUCAACAAAUUACCGACUUGCUGCUUCUUUCACUUCACUAUCGCCAGAUGAAAUGGCAACGAUUUUAAAAAAUCAUUUUAGAUUGGCUCUAGGAGCGAAAUUAUCGACAGGUUGUUGUCCGUCAUUCAGCGUAGUCGGAGUUUUGAACACGUUCAUAUAGUGGCCGGGAUUUCCUGGAUCAGGGUAAUAUUCUGGAACCUUAGAGAACCUCGCCCCCACCUAACUUAUCGCCUGGCAUCUGUUGCAAAUUUCUUUGCAUGCCUGUCAAAAAUGCAUGCAAAAGCGCCAGUAUGCUUCAAUUUCUUUAAUUUUCAUCCCGUUUGUACUAAAUAUCCCAUCAACAUAGAACAUAUCAUUCUUACAAAUCAUAUGCUUUUUUGUUUUUGGAACUGCUACUUUUUGGCGGGUUUUAAAAUAAGCUAUAGGUGAUUUCAUGUAUACAUUUAGAAGAGCAGACUAAAACUGAAAUCGGUUUCGAUAUACAACCAUCAGGGACGUAGCGAAGCAUCUGACGUUUGGCCGGGGGGGGGGGUGUCGGAGGAUUUUACGUGAAAUUUGAAUUUCAAUGUUAAAAAUGUACUUGAAGUGUAAUAAUUAUAAUAAAGCUUUUUGUGAUUGAUAAAUUUGGCACUCUCAUAGGGGGUCUGAGGUUUCUCCCCAGAAAAUAUUUACAUUAUUGAAGCUCUAGGACUGAAUUUCUGGCGUUUUCUAAAGCAAAUUCGCAAACAAAUUUCAUGUAAAUUGACUGUAUUUUUACAAACAUAGGUCCGCUGUGGCGGACAUGUAUCUACUGAAUAGAAUAGUAGCACUGGGAAAUAAAAGGCAUUGAGCGUAUAAAAGCAUAGAUGUGCACUCUGACCUUUGGAAUCGAUUUCUGGCAUUUCCAGAGUCAUAGCACAAGCACAACGUGACAAACGUCGCAUUGUUGAUGUUUUAAAAUUGUAUUUCCGGUUGGGAUUGCUAGUAGUUGUUAGCUCACAGUCGGGCCAGAAAUCGGAAAUUUUUAUAUACCGUGAUAAAACUAAAAGAUACAAAUUUGAAGAUACAAUCUCGAAAAUAUAAACACUCCACACAGUAGUUAGUGAUAAUGAUUCGAACAAGAAUAUUGCAAUGAAGAUACGUCCAAAGGGGCCGAAGUUAUAUUUUUGUUCAGACAAUUGCAUAAUUUGAUAAUAUACGAUCUCGCUUGACUUUCAAAGGCCAUAAGGAACCGCUUAUUAUUUAUUAUACAGGGGGGGGGUUGAGGAGAAACUGGGAGACCUCUCGAAUUUUUAAACCACAAGGAAAGGGGGGCUUUAGAAAAUACAGAGGGAGACAGAAAGAGGGGGCUUUGAAAAUAUUUACUAUAGUUUUAAAAAUGUAUCACAAAACAAAUUACUAUUCAUAAAUGGAGCCAAAUAAAUAAAUACCGGGUGGCCCAAAAAAAAGUACUCCGGUUUGAUUUGUAAUAACUUCUAAACAAGUAAAGCUAUCAAACAGAAGUAACUUGCAUUAAAUAGAGGAAGGACUAACUUAGAUUUUGAUAUAUUACAGUUGCAUUUUACUUAAAAAUUCACGGAGAUAUUAAUGUUCAAAAUCGGGAGCAUAUUUUGGGAUGUGUCUAAAAUUAGCGAAAAUCGGCGUAUCAAAUUUUAACUCCAGCGUUUGUUUGCUUAAUGACAUAUCAGGGUAACUUGUAUUUCGGCGAAUUGUCGUUAGGGUUUGUAAGGGAUAUGGCGUAGAUUUAGACAUCUUACAUGUAAGUCUUAACUCAUUGUUUCCUGAAAUAUGGACGUUCGAAAUUAUGUAAGUAUUUAAUAGGUCUUUGCAAACUUAAGGUACAUGAAAGACCAUGCAAGGCAGGCGCUUCAAUUUUUCUUAAAUAACCUAUUUUUUAUGUUUUUCAUGGGUUCAAAACAAAGUUGAUUAUUUCUCGGUUAGAGCAGGAUGAAUAUUGUUCUUUAAUGGAGGAAAUAAUAUUGCUUUUUGCAAAUACACAUCACAGUAUCAAAGAUACUAUUUUGUUACGAUUUGUUCCAAAAAUGUUGGAUGUCUCUGGGGAGUUGCUUGUUAUGUCUUUACUUAUGGAGUUGUAUGGUUUGAUUGUGUUUCAUUCUCAGUUUAUUCUGAACUUGCCAAGAUUAAGAAAGGCAAAAGAGUUUGGGUGUUCUUAACAAGAUUUCAGAACGUUGCAGAAGUUACAAAAUUCAUUCAAUGUGAAGUGAGAAAAUUCACAAUUCCAAUGUGACAGCGUGCCCUAAUUCAGAACUACGAACGAUCCAUGACUAUCCUUCGCGAUGCAGUGGUCUCAUGAAAUAAGGAAACGUAUUCGUGCUAGGAACACACGCGGAUUUCGGACGCAUAAAUCUUGCUUGUAUUUUGUAGAUAAUAAUACUUUGUUUCAUAAUAAACAAUUUGUCAAGUGUCAUUUAUUUACAGGUAAUAGUGCAUGUUUCAGUCGGGUAAAUCUUGAUUAAUAUUUGAUACGCUGUUUUUGGCAUAUUUCAGACACAUCCCAAAAUAUUCUCCCGAUUUUAAACAUUAAUAUCUCCGUGAAUUUUUAAGUGAAAUACAACUGUAAUAUAUCAAAAUCUAAGUUAGUCCUUCCUCUAUUUGAUGCAAGUUAUUUCUCUUUAAAAGCUUUACUUGUUUAGAAGUUAUUUCGAAUCAAACCGGAGUACUUUUUUUUGGGCCACCCGGUAGUCUCUCAUGUUCAUGCUGGUAAAUAGACAAUUCCCAUUAUGGACUAAUUCUGAAACUAGGCAUAGAGAUGCAAAUAAAACCACAGCUAGAAGAAGCAUACUAAAAUGAGUAAAAUUGCAAAGUUUGGUUGCAAAAUGUUGUAAAAUCCGGUAAAUAUGGCCUUGCAAAGUUUGCAAAUUUUGUAUACUUUUGUAUUGCAUGCGGAAAUUGCUACCGGCCACACGCAAUACAAAAGUAUACAAAAUUUGCAAACUUUCGAAGGCUAUAUUUUCUUUAUUUUACAACAUUUUGCAACCAAACUUCGCUAUUUUACUCAUUUUACAUGCUCUUCCCGGGAAAACAGGGUUCGUAGUGGUCUUUGAAAUCCUUGAAAGUCUUUAAAUUGGAAUGCAGGUCUUUGAGGUCUUUGAAAAGUCUUUAAAUUGUGUGAAAAAGCGAAGAAAGUCUUUAAAAGUCUUUGAAUUCUUUAGUGAGUAUUUGAUUAUACGAUUUCCUAGCUAAUAAAAUAGAUUGAUUGAAGCAAGAUUUUCGCAAAUAUCGACGAAAAGGCGCAUUUUAGGAUGUGAUUUGACGGGACUAAUUACUGGGUAAAAAUGGUGCUUACACUCGCAAUUUUUCGACAGCUGAUUGCCCUCAAAAGGUCUUUGAAAAUUCUUUGAAAAUAGGCAGAAAAAAUCUUUGAAAGUCUUGGAAUUUUUUUGGUCUUGGAGACCACGAACCCUGCGGGAAAAUACUUUUUUGCUAAGAUAAAAAAUUAGUCUAUAAAUGGGAAUUGUUAAUUGGUCCCCAUUUUCUAUUUUUGUUUCUCUAAUUAAAAAGCUAGAGUCGGGGGGGGGGACAAAAAUUCAUGUUCUUGUUUUGCCUGUUGGAGGGAGCUUUGAAAAUUUUACUUGUUUUAAGUGGGGAGCAACGAAAAAAUAUUAUAACUGUACAGUUUCUUCUCAUUUCUUCAAACAAAAUUGCUUCAAGCUUGUGUAUGAAACGAUUUUCCAAAUAUAUGUCUUUUAAAACUGAAAUCUUGCUUAUCCCACUCCUACACGCAAUCAGCCAUAUUUUUGAGAUCAGUGAGGAUGACCACCCACUCACCAUCGUUGGUGACCGACGCCCGCGCUCAUUGAUGAACUUGGCUAAUUAACUGUAACAAUAGUUCCAAAGUUUGGACUGGUUUCAUUGGAACAGAAAGAAAAGUCAUUAGAUACAACAAACUAGAUUUCCGUCCUGUUAUUAGUUCCAAGCUCUUUGUAGAAGGCGAGUCGUAACAUCGAUGUGACUUGCCUAACGUAACCCUACCCUAAAACUUUUACUUCCCGAAUGUAGAGACCCUAUUAUAACUACAGUCAUUCAUCGAUGCUAUCACGAAUUGAAACAACGCUGACCAGGGCUUAUCAUCCAUUACCAUGCACCCAUAUUAAAUCAAACCUCAAACUAAAGUGUAAUCAUGAACUGAAUUGGUAAUUGAUUUAAUCAAAUGAUACAAAGCAGAGGACUUACUACUUGUGGUUUCUUUUAUAUAGUCGUACAACAAUGCCAUUGUUGGCGAAGCGAGACUGGGAGGGCUGGAACUGGUGGGAUGGAGAUAAUAUUACUGAUUUAGCAUCAACCUCAAUUUGUCUUGAUGGAGAUCUAGGAACAGUCCUAAAGGCUUACCGUGAGGUAAAUAAAACGUACAAUGACAUUAAAAUAAAUUUCAAUGAAUAGGAAGCCUAUUCAUGAUUGAAGAUUUUAUACAGAGAACAACAAUUCUUGACUUACUCCCCUUGUAUUGUGACAGGUAAAUUAAGGACUUAGUUUUGUUCUACAUGAAGGCAUAUACUUUCCGGACAAACUGAUCUUCAUAUUUAUAACUUUGUUUCUUUUGUCAAACCGACUCUGUCAAAAUCCUAUCCUAACUCUUAGAGUUCCCUUCUGCAAAUCGUCCACCUUCCAAGCUUCUUGCUUUACCCUGUUAAUUAAAUUAUGGAAUUUUGCUUGUAAAAUACUUCCCCCUACAAGCUUCUCCAGCCUUUCCUCCUUCAAACGAUCUCUUAAAGACACCUACAGAUAUUUACUCGGGACAACCUUUGAUGUGGACAUGGUAAUUAUGUACAUGAUGGUCAUUAUAUCAUGUGAAUUAAUGUACGACAUUUUAAAAAAAUAUUUAGAUCCGUCAAUUUGCUCCCCAAUCUUUUGUUGACAAAAUUUGGCCUAAAAUCAAAGCAAUGAUGAGACGUUAUAUGAAUGAACUGGAUAAGGAUAAACAAGGUAUGUCUGUUGACAGGUAGAAGUUAGCAAGAUCUAGUGCGCAUCCACGAAGGGGGGGGGGGGCACUAGCUUGCCAACGUAUGAUACCUUUUGUAGCUGGAAAUCGUAAUUCUUUAAACGUUUCUGCCUUAAGGUGGCUCCCUAGUAAAUAAUAACGUAUAUUGCCUUAAUGCUUGUCAAGGUUAAAAAGAUAAAGUAGUUUAAACAGAAAGGAUUUUACUCCCGGGGGUUACGUUAUACCGGGUGUCUCAAAAAAAAGUAUCUGUGUUUGAUUUGUUAUACCGUUAAAACUGGACAUGGAGUUUCAAUCAAAUAGACUUCACUGGAUUCAGAAAGGCGUAACUUAAAUUUUGAUAUAUGACUUUAAGAUAUUUGAGCAAUAUUGAAUGAAAUACUACAGUUUCAUUUCGAAGAAGCAAUUUUGAAAAUGCUUAAAAUUACAUUAAAUCGGCCUAUCAAAUUAACAUUUAAUUUAAUGCUGUUCUUGUCAACACAACGCACGAUAAAUAAUAUUUACACAUUCGAUGAUUUAUUCAUCUGAAAAAGCAUGUCUUUGAACACCUAUACAACGUCGUGCUCUGUUAACCUUGCCAGAAAAAGCGCUUUGUAUCAUUUGUGCAUCUAAACUUUGGCACGCUAAGAUAACUGCCUGGCUGUCUCAAAUUCCUAGGCUGUUGCUGAAUGCGGGACGUUCCAGAUUUGUUGCUUCAAUUCGAACUUUGGCAUUCGAAUUUUUCAUUUCCCACAAGGCCCAAAGGUCAAAAUAUUUUAUGUAAACCAUAAAAUAAUACAAGAUUGAAGCUAAUUUCUUUAAAAUUUUUGAAUACUCCCGAAAAAAUAGCAAAUGUCUUCAAAGAAAUUUAAUAAGCCGUUUUAGUCGAUUUUUUCGCCAAUUUUCAAACCGAACUUUGGCUAAAAACAUUUAUAUCUCGCCCAAUAUAAAAUGAAAGAUCUAGCAUUUUCUUAAUACUAUUAUAAACUUAUUUGAAAGUCAUACCUGGUAUAGUUUUUACAUUAUGUUAAAUCAAACACCGAUACUUUUUUUGAGACACCCGGUAUAUGUAAAAUAUCGCGUGUAACUCGUGUGACUUCAAAAUACGAGCGGACGUAGUGCUUUAUAUGAAACUUUUUUUUAAACAAAUGCGUGAACUUUGCUUUAGUUAAAAGCAUAAAAAGAGUUCUAAAAUCCACAACGAUACUUGGACGUGAUGAAUAUUGAUUUUUCUAAGAAACAUAUCGAUAGAAUUUUUUAAAAUUGAAGAAAAAACUCAUUAUACCAGUAUUGGGGAAUUUUUAAAAUGGCCAGGAAAAGACAAAUUUUGAGCUUUAGUCUAAGCACGCCUUUAACAUGAUAACAGCCUUUCAACACAAAAGUAGCAAAUUGCAAUGUUGAGGAGAGAUAAAAAUUCCGUCUUCAUGUCAUGUAAAGUGAAGAAAGAGGAGUUUCCUGGAUUCUAUAGUGUAAUAUAAUGCAAAAACCCUAGGGAGCCAAUUUAAAUUCGAGUAAUUCCAUACAAUAUUUAGGUUAAUUUAUAGCUUACCAAUGCUUUCAUGGUUGAUAACUUUAUUACAGCCUUGCUACACAGUUAUACGGCUGUCAUUCAAAGUUUUUCAGAAGUUAUUAGGGAAUAUCCCCUCUCCCCCCCCCAGUGUCCGCGAUUCCCCUGUAAGAUCAAAUAGUUCCAAUCCAAAAUUUUGAAGAGUUUUGAAAUGAAACCAUUAUACUCAUAACUAUAAUGAGUUUUCCGAUUCAAAUUAGACAAAGACGUAGUCUGGACUUUCUCCUCUCCUAUAUAAGAUUUAAUCAAGAUUAAUUAAUAUUGUUUACCGUACUUAGUGAAAUUUUCAAAUAUUAUCAUUGUCUUAUAUGUAGGAGCGAAUUAGUGAUAUAUGGUGCUUGCAUGGCUAAUAUUAUAUUAGCCAAAGACAGUAUAAGUAUACUAGCUUUAUAGUUUCUCUUGUGUAUUUUACUUUCAGGUCUAUUAACUGGCGCCCAACCAUGCACGUAUGAUCGCACAACUUAUGGAAUAGAUACAUUCAUUGGAAGUUUAUACCUUUGUGCAUUAAGGUAUGCUUUUCUUCCUUUUGUUAAGUUGCAACAGAAUAAACACAUCUUUCAUUUCAGCAGUGCUGAAUAUGGAUCAUAGAAAUAAUAGACAAAAAUGUUUUAUGAGUAAAUUAUAUUUUAAUACGCGAAACUACUUUGUUUUUACAAGGCUGCACGAUUUUCACCGUUUUUGUCAGUAACUGCACAGUCAUUUGCUUCGAGUUUUUAAAGAACUUGAUAUUUCAAAAUAUAUCCCCAAACUACAAAUUGGACAGCAAGACAAAACCUUUUGACGAUGAAAACUUAGUUUUAGUUUUGUUUAUACUUUGUCGUUUGCACUCCUAUGCUCAAAUUCAACAUGGUGGAUUUAUAAGGGCAUUUUUGUUUUCAAUUUGGACACCGGUCACGUGACCAAGCACGCAUUCUAGGUCUAAUAUUUCUAUGAUAUGGAUACGAAUUUUCUUUGACUUUACUUUUACAGGGCAGCUGAAGAGAUGGCUAAACUGAUGGACGAAAAAGUAUGUACUAUAUAUAUAUUAUAGAGAGUUUAUAAGCUUGACUUCUACAUUAAGUAGCCGUUAUGCUCGGAGUAUGGACGAUGAUGAUACAUGAAAAUCACAAAUUUCUUGGAUAACACGUAUAGUUUACAUUAGUCUACUCAAAAUCUGAAACCAAAACAAUACAUGGGCUUCCCCCCCCCCUCCCCUUCUACACCACUGUCUAAACCCUCACAUUAAUACUGUACGAUGUUAUUUGUGUUGCCUUAAAAACUCCAAGUAUAAUAUUAAAAGUUGUGUUUUGAUAUGCCUCUAUAAUGUCUAAAUAAUUGAAAUCCUGAACGUUCUUGAAUUGAAAUGUACAAUUUGCCGUAGAAUAUACGUCUGAACGAAAUAGAAAGCUAGAAUAUGAAAGAUUGGAAAACUUUUCGCCGAGUUUUGUGUCAAUAUUUCAAAAAUCAAAGCUACUGCUUAAUUGCCCUGGUCAAAAACCUUGGCGCACCGGCCGCAAAAGUCGCAAAUUUGGUUUUCCAAACUUAAGUAACUAUAACCCCCACCCUGCCCCGCCCGACAGUUUUAAUGUGAUAGCCAACAUUAUAUGCAUUGGUGGGACGGGGGAUUGACGCAUGAAUUCUCCCGUGAUGUUAUAUCUAUUAACAUAGUCACAUUGCUAUUUGCUAAAAUUCGACAACUACAUGUUAAUUAUCUUUUUAGGACCUUGCCACAGAAUAUCAUGAACGGUUUUGUAUUGGUUCGAAGAAUCUCGACACUUAUUGCUUUCAAAACGGAAAGUGGUACACGCAGGUAAUGUAUUUAAUCUAAUUGAUUUGACUUAAAAGAACUACAGGAUUAUUAUUAAUUUAAAAUAAUUCAUGGUUUCUGAUUGGCCAACAACCAUCUGUGAAAUCGUCAUGUCAACUCAAAACCUGUCCAAAUAUGAAGUUUUGACAUAAUAUUAAACAGAGUGACGUCAUAACGUUGAUAUGAAAACAUAUCAAAGUUAUAACGUCAUAAUUUUGUUACUUAUUCCAUUUACUCAAGAUAUCUUGGGUUUUAAAACAUAGAUCAUAGUUACAUACAUUUUAUUCAUUUUGACAUGGGAAGGUAAACUUCUCCCUGUAGAAAUUCAUGAAUUCUGUGUGACAUCAGUUGAGCUCUGCUGAGGACUAUCCUGAGCUCCUUAAUUUAGCCUGACUGCAAAUUUUUACUAUAGACCAUUAAAUGAAAGUAAAAUCGUGCUAAAUCAUGUUCAGUAAUUUUAAAAACUUUAGUUGUCUUCUUCAUUCGUAAAAAAAGAUGGAAUGUAAAACUCUUCGAAUAAUUUUUUGUUAGCUAACUGACAUGACCUCAUUUCCGAGCAAGAAUGGAAUAGGGCAUUUUGGUUUCUACCUAAUUAUAAAGUUGUAAAACAACCAAUUACACUCGUUAUAUUUGUUAAUUUUCAGGUUACUCCUCAGUGGCAUCCAGAUGAAUCACUGGGUUGUGGUGAGUGAAAAUUUCACAGUUACUUUAUAUAUUAUUUUCUUGUGCUGUGUGUUGUCGGGGGAACCGGCAUAGUGGCGAUGCGAUGCAUGUCCUUACCACAGUUUGAAAUUCUGAAAUAUGCAGUUUCUUGAUUGAAAUUUGUUAGAAGAGUACAGUAUAGUGUAUGUACGGUUUAACUCCACUAAACACAGCAGGUGUUCCCUGAGCGCCCCGGACUCCUCCUGUAGUACGACUGGACCAUUAAAGAAUAAAGAUGGCCCUUAUACUGGACCUCUCUGGGGCAAAUUUGGGAUAUAAUUGUUUUGGUUUUGGAUAUAAAAUGAUUCUUCAUUUUGUAAAGCUAGCAAUCCAUAUAAAUCUUCAUUAGUGCAAACCUAGUAUGUAUUUAUUUCCACCAUCCAAAUUUAGUGGGAACGCAUUACAAGUUUGGAACCUGUCAAAUACUCUAAACAUUUCUAUAGAUAAAUGUUGAAGCUUUCCGAGAACACAUUGUUCACGGAUUUGUGUGAUCAAUCGGGAGACACGGGGAGAGACAAGCACCUAAUUAUGGGAAAGGCAAAUGUGCUUAUUACAAAUAAGACAAAAAUUUCCAUUAAUUUGAGAAGUUAACAACCCUAUAUAUGUUACAAGAGAAAUAAUGUGUUCAUUCUUAUUACACUAAGUCAACAUGAGCGAAUUCUUUCCAGAAAAUGGCAGGAAGAUUCAUCAUCAAGCUUCAAAGUCAUAAACAUUUUAAGAGGAGAACCAUUAGACGCCCCUUAUUGUGUACGAAUUUAGAGAUGCUAUAUUGCAAUAUUACCUUCAGGUAAUAGGUAGAUUUGUAACAGUGAAGUUACAAUUGAGGUAAAAACGUUUUGACACCUUACUUGAGUGAACCUUCCUGAAUAAAUAUCCAUUAAAAAGUGCCUAAACAAAUAUCUGCUCCCCUUGCCCUCUUGUCGUCCCGGCGUCCCUGUGAUCAACGAUAUAAUUUAAUCUGCUACUGUAUUUCGAGAAACCAGUAUUUCCAUCUACAAAGAUCUUGCAACUACUUCAUCUCUACAUGUUUAGGUACAUUCGUUGAUGCAUUGAUUGGUCAAUGGUGGGCAUAUUCUCUUGGCCUGGGUCCAUUGCUUCCUAAGGACCACAUGCAGUCACAUUUAGGCUGGGUGUUUGAAAGAAACCGUGUCGAGGCUUUUGACCCAAGUAAGUUAGGUUGAAUGUGCUUCUGAAUAUCUUUUGAUUUAGACCAAAUAGACACACGUUAAAGAAACCAUGUUUAAUUUUUCUUGUUUAGUUUUUCUUGUUUAGUUUUUCUUGCAUGGGCAAUCACAGAAUGGUUUAGUCCGACUUUAUCACAGAAUUAACACUAUUAUUACUAAUGACUUUGGUUCGUGUCUGUGCUAUAUAUGCCUUGAUGGUUUGCGUCUCAUGUAUGUGAAUAUUUCAAUAUAGAAACGCAAAAGCCAAGACCAUUUUUUGAUAGUCGUGAUAAAGGAUUGCAUAUUACGUAUUGGGAUGUUGAAGCUGGUGAGAAAGUUCCUCCAGUGCCCUUGUUGUACAGUUUGGAGGUAAAUAACCUGCAAUAUUAAUAUAUCGUGUCUGAUGUCUUAGUUUUUGGUACUCCAGAAUAACUUAGUUUAACUAAUCCAUGCAUGGAUAACAAUUUUGAUUGUAAAUACCAACCUAAAAUGAACAGAGUUUGUGGUUGGCUUGCUUGAAAGUGACCAGUUUGUGACUCGUUCUUGAGAAAUUUUAUAAGUUUAGUAUGUGAAUAUCUAUAGUUUUAUAAGGUUAGUAUAUAGAAAACUUGUAGUUUUAUAAGUUUAGUAUAUGGAUAUUUUCGUUCCGAACUGUUCCGCUGUGUAGGUAUCGAGUUAGUAUAGAUUAAUGAGGUAUUCAAUCAUUUCAAUAAUUAGGUAUUUAGUAAUUUAGUUAUUCAAUCAGUCUAAUUUUCAGAAUUAGAGCUAUCAAUAAUUUAUGGGAACUAGGUUCCCAGGUUCCGAUUUUAUUAGAUAUCAAUUGCGUAACCGGACGUUUAAUUAUCCAUUAUAAAGAAACUCUUGUUUCUGACUUUUUGAACUGUUGAUGAUGUUAGCCGUUAAUCGAAUUAUCCGACGUAUGCAGCAAAGAUCCUAUUCAGACGUGAUGCCAAAACUGACGAAUUUAAUGCAUGGCCAGCAAAUUGCCCGAUUUUUAAGUAGAAUCCACCAGCGUUUUUACUGCAUGGCUGGGAGGCUGUAGCCACCUGGUCCCUCCCUCUCGUACGCCUAUAUAGUGACAAUAUAACCGGAGUGGCCUUCUCACGCAAGUUACUUUGCAACUAUAACCAAGCUGCUGUGGAUCCUAAUUUUUUGUCGCGCUAUUUGCGACCCUUUGUAACUGGAUUGAAAAUGGAUUUUAUAUCUAAUGGGGGAAAGAAAAUGGUUGUUUGCAAAGUAAACCAAUAGCAAACACGCGGAAGUAUAAAAAGAACUAAACUUAGGUCAGUUUAUACUGUAUAAGGACGACGUAGUGAAACUUUACAUCUUGUACGUUGAACCACAAACAAUACUGUAAGGGUAUAGUUCUCGUUGUUUUACUCUCUCUCUCGUUUUUCCUAGGGUGCAUGGUCUGGAUUGGAACAUUCGUUUGCUGGCUUGAUGCUUUAUGAGAACAUAAUUUGUGAUGCUUAUUGGGGUGAGUUCAUUGUAAUAGGGUAUUGGGUUUUGCUAUGCUGUGUUUUGCUAUGCUGCAUGUUGUGUUUUGUUCCUCUGUGUUCAGUUGUGUUGUUCUGCCUUGUUCUCUUGUACUUUGCAAUUUUGCUGGAUUUUGUAGUGUGGUAG